GCAUCAGGUCACAUGAGAGAAGGAAGUAUGGCUGCAGCGGGAAAGGAGGAGUUCGCGGCUCUUCAGAUCUUGCUGAAAGCUUCAUCGAAGGAUGUAGUUCGGCAGUUAUGCCAGGAGUGCUUUUCUAGCUCCGCAAGAGGUUCUGACAAACUGAUUGAGAACACGUGUUCCAGUCUCUCGGUUACGCCAGAUGAAGCAAGUCAGCUGAUCCGAUCUUUGCACAAUCUUACAAGACACACAGUCUAUCAUGGCCUGACAUCACCAGAAGAAAUUCUCGCCCUCUUUCCAGAAGGUUUCCACCAGAAUCUUAAAAACCUCUUGACCAAGAUAAUCCUGGAAAAUGUCUCUGCCUGGAGAAAUGAAGCACAAGCCAGUCAAAUUUCUCUCCCCCGGCUUGUGGAUCUGGACUGGAGGGUAGAUAUCAAGACCUCCUCAGACAGUAUCAGCAGAAUGGCUGUCCCUACCUGCCUGCUGCAGCUGAAGAUUCAGGAAGACGCUGCCUUGUGUGGGAAUGACUUCACAACCUCAGCAUUGACAGUAGAGUUGAAUAAGCAAACAUUGGACACUAUGUUAGAUGGCCUGGGAAGGAUACGGGACCAGCUUUCUGCCGUUGCAAAUAAAUAAAGCCUUCUGGCUAAAGGAUUCCAACAG